ACUAACGGAUGGCAUCUGCAGAAGUGACAAGUUCUGGCUGUUCGCGGCCACUGGAAGAGGGUGGCAGUGACCUGGGACAGUAAGGCUCUGCCUCUGCCUCAGCUGUAAGAGCAAGCGCUGGGCACCAUUUUUCUCACCCCCUGGAUGUCCUGAGCACCUGCUGGCAUGAGGUUUUUCCUCCAGUAUGUGGGCUGUUUUUUUGCUUUCUUGUCUACUGGGUUUUUGAUAGCAUCUACCUGGACAGACUGCUGGAUGGUGAACGCUGAUGAUUCCCUGGAGGUGAGUACAAAAUGCCGUGGCCUGUGGUGGGAAUGUGUCACAAACGUUUUUGAUGGGAUCCAAACUUGUGAUGAGUACGACUCUAUCUUCGCCGAGCACCCUGUGAAGCUGGUGCUGACCCGAGCCAUGAUGAUCACAGCAGAUAUCCUGGCAGGGUUUGGAUUUCUCUUCCUUGUCCUGGGACUGGACUGCGUGAAAUUCCUUCCUGAUGAGCCACUCAUGAAGCUGCGCAUCUGCCUGGUGUCUGGAGUUAUGUUGCUCAUUGCAGGUCUCCCAGGCAUUACUGGCUCGGUGUGGUACGCCAUUGAUGUCUACGUGGAACGCUCCUCUCUGGUCUUCCACAACGUGUUUCUGGGCAUCCAGUACAAGUUUGGCUGGUCAUGCUGGCUCGGCAUGGCAGGGUCACUCGGCUGUUUCUUAUCUGGGGCCCUGCUCACCUGCUGCAUGUAUCUUUUCAGAGAGACCAGCUCUGGAAGACUCCACUCUGCUUACUCCUUGAGGAAAGGCUAUUCCUCAGCUGGGACAAUUGUAACAAAUGUGCAUUUGCCAUCCUCGCAAACAGCUACUGCCAAAAUGUAUGCAGUUGACACAAGAGUAUGAGGAGGAGGUAAGCACUCCAGAACAAGCUCUACUUGUACUUGUAUGGCUUGCACAGAGACCCAAGCUCCCGGUUGUCAUACAGAUGUGAAGUUAAAUUUUAAGGAUGUACUGUAUCCUAUAGUUUUUGCAUUAUGAGAGCUUCGGAAAAAAUUUCCUUCAAGAAAGUAAUCUCUGAGAAGAUCUUGUUUUAGGGAAUCCGUUGUCUUGAGUGCCAAGGCCACUUGCAUAAGCAUGGACUGAAAUAACCAACACAAAGUCUUUCAGCAUUUGCCUCAACAGUAUCAACAUGAGCAAGAUAAAUCAGCUGCUCCUGGAUCAGAUGCCAGUGUUCUGCAUGGAGAUCCCCAAACUGUAAGAUGGAUCUGUUCCAUGUCUGCAAUGUGUCAACAGACUGUGCAAAGCAGAAAAUACAAGCGAAGAGAGGGAUUGAUCGUCCAGCCAAUAUCUGGACCCUGUGUACCCAGCAUAGGGAUCUGCUCCUCUUAAAGGUAGCUGGAGAGUUCAGCAGAAGGUAAAGAGCUGUGUUAAAUGCCUGGCCCUCUCUUUGGUCUGUGAACCUCUGCACUGAGGAAACAUUGUAAAUUCAGGUGCAAAAUACAGUCCUUCUCAGUAAUUGUUAAAAUGUACAUUAUAGAUGCUCUAGACUCACUGAGAUCUGGAAAUUGCCAGCUUCUUUCUGCUUAGUGAAAAUUUUACCUGGAGAAAGUGAGUGAAGAUGCAAGAUCUGAUGUUGUCCAUGACAAUAUGUCUAUACCAGCUAGAAACUAGGAUAAAUGGUAGUAAAACCUACUGUCUCUUUGUAUCAACAGAUAUUUAAACCUAGUUCAGGACUGCUGUCCCCUGCCGCAACCCAGGCUGCCAUUGGCUGGAUGAGGCUAGAGCACCAGCAAUGUCUUCACUAGGGUGGGUGAAAAAACCCUAGUGCAGUUUAACAUGUUCCCUAAGGAUGGAUGCAAAAGUUCUUCCAUGCCUUUAACAAAAAGAGAACCUGAGACACAAUUUUCUUAGGGUUGGUAGGAACUGCCCAAAUCCAGUCCUUCCUACCAUGGGCACCACAUCAUAUAGUCAUGGGCACCACAUCAUAUAGUCAUGGGCAGCAGGGGCUGGGAAAGGCUCUCAGCACAGAGAUAUACCUGCUCAGGGUCAGUGGAGAAACAACAGUGGAGUCUCAGGAGGGUGUGCACAGCCAUGGGUACUGAGGCACCACCAGAGGUAGGCUUCCUCCACUGGCUGCUUGGUGGGGAGACUGGAGGGAGAAACUCCUUUUCUCCCCCCAGGCAAUUUGAAGUGAAGCCUUAUGUUAUGAGGGAGAUGGGAUGGCUGUGGAUGGAGUGGGCUGUGUGCCAGACAACACCUCUGAUAGCACCUACAAUGGAAGAUGAGGGGUUGAGUCCUCUCACAGGUUAUCCUGGAAGCAGCAUCUUGUGCUGCAACACAGAACUGACCAGCAAUGUUAAAACAUAAACCAAUCCUGACAUGGCUCCUAAUCGAAUAACACUCAGGCCCUGGGACAGAUGGGACAACAGCAGGUCCAUAUGGCUUUGCUGUGGGCUCAAGCACCUCCACAAGUCUGAGACCAUAAUGAAACCGUCUCAGCAAGAGCCCUCAUGGCAGCACUGCUGCCCAGGCAAGGGAGGCUUCAUGCCUGCAGGGUUCAUGCUGCUUUGGUUGGCAGACAUUUAUGUUAGCCAAACUGAAAGCAACUUGUUGCCAACAGAUGAUCCAUAUUGAACAGAUGUAAACACAGUAGGAAAAGUGACGGGGGCUUUUUUACAAAGUCCUGAGAGACAAAGAGUACAGGAGUUAUAAGCGAUGUAAUGAAUUCAUGGAUUAUACCAAGAACUCUCAAAGAGAUCUGGAGGUGAUAGAAAUUUCUGCCUGUUACUGCAGGAAGCUGCAUCCAAAGGUUUUUUCUUCUUUAACUUUUUCAGUGACGUUAGAACCAUGUAUUUGCUGUCGGGUUUUGGGGGCAGAAGAGCUGGUGCUGGUAAGCUGUGCUGGAGCAGGCAAGCUCUGUGGAUGCUUUUGAGUCUGGUUCCUAGGCUGUGGCCCUGCUCCCCUGCUCCUUCAGGGAUACGCUGAGAAGGAGAGAGAGGGUGAACCCAUUGCAGAGGCAGAGCUGUGCUCAGCACCUGCUCCACUGCUCGCUUGCAGUGUUCCUCCCCAGAGAGGCAAAUGUUCUCUUAACCUCCUCAAGGCAGGAGAGAGGCAGCAAUGCCGGAGACUGCCCCAGCCCAACUCACCCAGUGCAGAGAUACUCAUCAGGAGGAGGGACUGAGCAAAGACAUCAUACUUGGACCAAAAUCCUGGAUCAAAUCCUUCCCAUUCUAUGCAACCAGCACAUUAAUCCUCCCCACUAACACUCAGGGACAGCUUCUUAGUUUCUGUUUUCUAUAGCUUUUUCAGAGGCAUGAAGAUUAUCUCUUGCUGGGAAGAUUUAUUUCUCAUUUAGCAGAUGAAAAGUAGUCUGGGAUCACCUGCUAAUCAUAGAAUCAUAGAAUGAUUUGCCUUGUAAGGGACCUUAAAGAUCAUCUAGUUAUGCGAAUGUAAUUGAAGAUCUCAGACCACUGAUUUCUCCUGUUCUUUUUCUCCAGUAUGCUGUAGUUGAGGAGACUUCUGAGGCUUUAUCCUAAAGGUAUUCAGCUUGUUUUAAGGUGGUGGGAACUGUUUUGUGACUUGCAACACUUGGAUCACACCAAGCUCUUGCUCAGUAGGCACUUCGGGCUCAGGGGUGAAUAUAAAGGACUGGUCUCAUUAAUCCCUCCAGCUCUGUGAUCCUCCUGGGGCUACAAAAAUAGGGCACAUACAUACCCCAAAUACUACCUUAACUCAGGGUCCAUCAUCCUCAAAUACACUUUGCAUAUGAAGAAUAUUCUUCAUAUACAAAUAUUCUUCGCAUACAAAGAACGUUGCAUAAACAUUUGUGAUCCUUUCUAUUCUACAGAAUCUAUGUAGAGUAAGGGUUAAUUCUUUAACCAUACUUCUGCUUUAUCCACACUCUAUGAUAGCUUUUGAGGAUCUAUCUCCUGCACAAGAGGACUAGGGAAAGGUCACAGCAACCCUUAGGUUUUCCAGGUUAAUGUUUUGUAACAACCAGUCCAAUGAUGCAUUGCUUCAUUAUUCACAUCCUGCUGACAGUCUAUCUGAUGUUUUGAUCAGUUGUUAAUAUUUAAUUGUUAAUCCACUGAUUUAGUUCUGACUCUGAUUUCAUGACUGCAGUAUUUACUCCUCAUUAGCUCAUUACCAUGCCAUAAUGCAGAUCUAUUUUAGUUUGGUUGUUUAUUCAUUAGCAAGAAACCUCCGAGAAAGCACACAGGACUUAUUUUUGUUUCAAAAUCACAAACUAAAGACGCUGCAGGUGCACUCAGAUAUUAAGGUAUUUCCUUAGUACCUACCUACAUCCUAUUCAGAAGCAGUUCACUUAGAAUUAGAAUAGGCUGACUUUGCCUUCUGAUGGCCAUUGAUGGUUCACCAAAGCUCUUUGCUCAGUUGCAAUUUCCAGCUGAGGCCCAGCAUUUAAUCCUUCAGUGCCAGCACCUUUUAGGCUUCUCCAAAUUUUCACUAACUUCCAAGGAGUAUUUUUCUACAUUUGGGCACCUCAGUCUCGUUGCUUCCUUUCCCAGGGUAUAGGCAGGGUCAGGUACUUAGCUGAGAGCUGGGAUUCCCAAGUUUCCUCCCUGAUGUAUCUGCCCCGUGGUGACUCCUUGAACUUGGGGCUCCUUAUUGCCCUUGCCACUGACAGCACAGAUUGGUGCAGUCUGCCAGAGAUCUGCUUGGUUGCAGGUUAUGGAAAAGAGCAAAGUCUUGUAGGUAAGCUUUUUCUAAGUUGAUUUCAUUUUGUACAGAUACGUAUUGAUUUCCCAUUUUGAUAUACACAAGUGAGAGAGAUAAUAAAACAAUAUCUGCAAGAGCUGUCCUUUUCUGCAUGCAAUAUUUGUCCUCUCAAUACCUUAAUCAGCCUUGUUUAUAAGGGCUCUUCGUAACUCUGCCUGUAAUUAGGACUCACUCUGACCUUGUGAACUAGGCUGUCUCCUACUGCAGCUGCAUGAACAUUUCCCAACAUACAGAUUUCUCACCUUUUCAUGCACAUUGCAAUAUGGCUUAGUUCUGAAUUCAGUAGAUCUGAACAAUUAUUUUCAGUAGAUAAGAAUGCUACUCGAGAAUUCUGUUUUUCUUACAUAUUGUAACAUUAGUGAGAUAUAAUAAAUGCAGCUGCCUUUGA